CGGCGGGCGACGCGGGUGGGCGACUCGGGCCGCGGCCGCGGCGGAGCCGGGGCCAUGGGGCCGCCGCUGCCAGGCUAGGGAGGGCCGGCGCUGCCGGGCCCGCGGCGAUGGCGGGCUUUGCGCGCCGCCCGGGCGUCCCCCCGCUGUCGCGAGCCCGGAGCCUCGUCAUUCCGGACGCAGCUCCGGCGUUGUAUGAGCGCCGCUCCUGGCUGCCCCGGCUAGACUGUGAGCGCCCCCGUGGCGGGGGCCUCGACCCCCACCUCUUCGGCAUUCGGCCGACGUUUAUGUGCUAUGUGCCCGGCCCGGUGCUAGCUUCCGUGGGAGACACAGAUCUUGGCUACGGAAAGGGGAAGUGUACUAAGCAAGGUCUGCCAGGAGCCCAAGAGACACAUUUUGGAGACGAUAAACUUGAAGAUCUUGCAGAGGCCAAUCCAUUCUCCUUUAAAGAGUUUCUGAAAACCAAGAACCUCAGCCUGUCAGGAGACGAUACAGCCAACGACAGGAUUUAUUCAAAGGAAGCCACGAGACACUCACUGGGGCUUGGCCGCAACUCCCCGACCUCCCAGACCAUGGGGUAUGGCUUAGAAUAUCAGCAGCCGUUUUUUGAAGACCCUACGGGGGCUGGUGAUCUUCUGGACGAGGACACAGACGAGGGUGAGGACGGCGCGUGGGACGGGGCGUACCUGCCCUCCGCUGUGGAGCAGACCCGCUCCUCCGGGGUCGCCGCCAGCACGUCACCCUGCAGCACGUACGUCUCCUUCUUCUCUGCUGCGUCGGAGCCGGUGGCGCCCAAGACGCUGCCCCCGUGGACACGGAGCGACUCUGACUCUCGUGCCUCUCCGGUGGGGAGCCCCGGCACAGACUUCGCAGCCCACGGAGAGUCUCUGGGAGACAGGCACUUGCGGACACUGCAGAUAAGCUACGAAGCAUUAAAAGAUGAAAAUUGUAAGCUGAGAAGAAAGCUGACUGAGGUUCAGAGCUUCUCUGAGACUCAAACAGAAAUGGUGAGGACAUUGGAGCGGAAGCUGGAAGCCAAAAUGAUCAAGGAGGAAAGUGACUACCACGAUCUGGAGUCAGUGGUGCAGCAGGUGGAGCAGAACCUGGAUCUGAUGACGAAACGGGCUCUGAAGGCAGAAAACCAUGUCAUGAAGCUAAAACAGGAGAUCAGCUUGCUCCAGGCACAGGUCUCUAACUUCAAGCGUGAGAAUGAAGCCUUGCGGUCUGGCCAGGGCGCCAGCCUGACGGUGGUGAAGCAGAACACCGACGUGGCCUUGCAGAACCUCCGCGUCGUCAUGAACAAUGCCCACUCCUCAAUAAAGCAGCUGGUUUCUGGAGCUGAAACGCUGAAUCUUGUUGCUGAAAUCCUUAAAUCUAUAGACAGAAUUUCUGAAAUUAAAGAUGAGGAGGAGGAGUCUUGAGAACCCUGAGGUGCUUCCGGGUCACAGCUCCGCUCACACCCGGAUGUCCCUGCUCACUGGAUUUGGAAAUGCCAUUGUGUCUUUAAAUAUGUCGUCCUCACCGUAGUAAAGAUACUUAUCAUGACAUGCUAAUUUCAUGACCACACAGUGUGAGCAGCGCUCUGCAGGGAGAAGCAACCCCCGCGUGAGAGCCGCAGUGGCUUCUCCGCGAGCCUUCUGGGGGAGCUCCAGCUACUCCACGAACUAACGCUCUAUCGGAAGAGGUUUCUAUAGAAGCCAGUGAUUUUUUGAAGUUACUAAACCUGAAAACCACA